AUUUCUGAUGAUAAUCAGUAAUAACAAUAUAAUUUCUGAUCGAGUGUCACUAUGUAAUUUUCAUUUCAACAAAUCAGCGAUAGGAGGACUUUGGCCCCGGUGGCGGCUCCUCCCUCUGUGUUUCAACAGUCCGGUGAGUUCUUUGUGUAGCCUGACUUACAGCCUGCAAAGAGUUUCGGUAAGCCAGGGGCAGAGUAAAACCUCUGGGGCAUAAAUGUAACAAUCACCAUGCUCCCCCUCCCCCCCACGGCUGCUGCAGGAACAGACAGGAAACAAAAGAAGGGAAGAACCACUCGACUUCUCACUGAGUUGUAGAGAGGCACAUGACUCUUCUCUCAAAGGGAUAAACAUUUCAACUGGAAAAGACUGAAGACUUCAUUCAAAUGAGGAUUAUUGGAUGUGCAGGACAGCUUUCUUGUAUGGAAAAAAAGGACGUUGGAUACUAAUACAGGUAUUUUGUGGAGUUGCUGUAUACUUUCCAGUAUAUCAUAAGAGCAUUCAGUAUUUUUUCCUCCCUGAAUUAAACGCAAAUUUCCCUGACUGGUUGCACCUGGAAUUUUCUGACUGACACAAGUAAACGGGUGAGGAGAACCUUUUUACUCUGUACAUGUUACAGACUGACCAACCCGAUUCAAAAAUGUCUCACAGCAUGAAUCAAUCAAUCAUGAACUGCAACAAGAGUGAUGACUUCAAGUACCCUCUGUAUAGCUCGGUUUUCAGUCUGGUGUUUGUCGUUGGAUUCUUCUUCAACAUGGUGGCUGUAUACAUUUUUGGCUGUACACUGAAGAUGCGGAAUGAGACCACGACAUACAUGAUCAACCUUGUAGUUUCAGACUGUCUCUUUGUCCUGAGCCUGCCUUUUCGGAUUGUUUACUUCAUUACACGUAACUGGACAUUUGGAAGUGUGCUCUGCAAGAUCUCUGUGGCCCUGUUCUACACCAACAUGUACGGCAGCAUCCUCUUCCUCACCUGCAUCAGUGUUGACCGUUUCCUGGCCAUUGUGCACCCGUUCAGGUCCCAAGCAAUACGUACCAAGAGGAAUGCCAAACUGGCCUGUUGUGCAGUUUGGAUUAUGGUUCUUUCCGGAAGUAUACCUACUGGGUUCCUUUUGGACACCACUUCACCCAACUCCCCCACAAACUACUGCUUUGAAAACUACUCCAGAAAACAGUGGAAGGCUGAGCUGUCCAAGGUGGUGGUGUUCAUUGAGACUGUUGGCUUCAUCAUCCCACUGAUGCUCAACGUGUUCUGCUCGAUCAUGGUGCUACGGACACUGAGUAAACCCCAAACACUCAACCGUGGAGGGACCCUCAACAAGAGAAAGAUCUUGAGGAUGAUCAUCGUGCAUCUGCUCAUCUUCUGCUUCUGUUUCAUUCCCUACAAUGUUAAUCUCAUCUUCUAUGCCAUGGUCCGCUCCAACGUCCUAACGGGGUGUGACGCAGAAUAUGUGGUCAGAACCAUCUACCCCAUUGCUCUGUGCAUAGCAGUGACCAACUGCUGUUUUGAUCCAGUCAUUUACUACUUCACUUCGGAGACCAUUCAGAGCUCCAUCAGACGCAAGUCCACAGUAUGGCACAAAGGUGCCAGGCUAUUCGACAGGCUACAGAUGGACAGCUCACAAAGCAGUCCAAUCACAUCAACAUCCAAAAAGCUGACCCUGAUGAAUCUGAGAAGCAAACCGUUUGACAGUGAGUCUACAAUCUAGUGGCAGCUAUGGUUGUAAAGUGUGUUGAUGAUUCACUGACUGCUGGGGAAACCCGAUUUGAAUCUGAGGACGGAGGUGGAAGAAGAGAGGCCUUGAAGAUCAUAACGCAUAAAUACAAUGGUUACUAAGGAAUCUCUCAUCCACUUGACACUACUGAGACUGGGAGUUAAGACACUGAUCUCUAGUCAGUCAACAGAAGAAUGGAGUCGAAGAAGAAACAUUUAAAAACACUAAAGUGUGUAAAGCCUAAAGACUCUUUAUCAAGGUGCCAAUUCACCACACACAAGUUUGAAAACUCUAUAUUUUUUGAGUUCAUGAUGUGUAUUAGUGACGAUGACAGGUGGUGCGGCAAAUAAGCAAAUGCCUUUGUAAGACAUUGUAAAUAUAGUAUUCCUCAGAGCAGAUUCUCACUCAUAUUGGCAAUGCUGAACCAGUAUUACAACUCUGUUUCAUGUACUGUACUGUGCAGUGUCUAAGUAGUUGUGGCCCCACUAUGGCACUUUAGAGAGCAGCAUGUUCUAUAACAGCUUUACCCAUUAAACUGAAAGCAAAUAAAAGUUGUUAAA